AUGGAUGCUUACUUAAAACUCGUUGAAAACUUGGCUCAAAGCUUCGACCAAUUUGGUCUAACCCGGAUUCCUCGUGCCAAAAACGCACAGGCUGACACCCUAGCCACCUUGGCAUCCAGUUCGGAUCCAGGUCUAAGCAGGGUGAUUCCCGUAGAAUUCAUAGAGCACCCUAGCAUCGGGCCACCCGUCAUAAUAAACCUAAUCGAGUCACCCGACGGCGAUCCAGGCGAAGUCGAUAUCCAGGCAACGAAGGAUCUAGAACAAUCUGAGUAUGGAUUCCACAAACCUUGGACAAAAACAAUCCUCUCAUACAUCGCCGACGGGAAACUCCCAGCGGAAAAAUGGGCGGCCCAAAAUAUAAAGACCCAAUCCGCGCGAUACGUCUUGGUGGAAGGAGAACUCUACAAGUGGAGAUUUUCCGGGCCACUCAUGACCUACGUAGAAGGGGAGAAAGCACGAAGGAUAAUGGAACACGUCCACUCUGGAUCAUGCGGAAACCAUUCUGGCGGAAGAUCCCUCGCGAUCAAAAUCAAACGCCACGGACACCAUUGGCCGACAAUGAUCAUAAAUUAUUGCACAGAAGCGUUGAAGGAUCUCUCCGAUGCUCUUAAAGCAGAAAAAUUAUUCUGGAAACAGAAGAGUUGGGUGUUUUGGCUGAGGGAAGGGGACAUAAAUACAAAAAUUUUUCAUGCCUUAACAAAGCAAAAGAGAGCGAGGAAUAAGAUUACACAGCUCCUAGACGCGAAUGGAGCCAUAGUUGAGGACGAAGAAGGAUUAGUAGCCAUUGCUACUAGUUACUUUAGACAGAUCUUUGAAUCAUCGGAUCCAGAAGAUAUUGAAGACGCACUUUCUCAGGUUCCAUCGACGAUCACUGGAGAUAUGAAUGACAACCUUACAGCUCCGGUCUCUGAAUGGGAGAUCAAACUAGCGCUCUUUGCUAUGCAUCCGGAAAAGGCCCCAGGUACAGAUGGGAUGACGGCACUUUUCUAUCAGAAAUUCUGGGAUAUUGCAAAGGAUGAUUUAACUCUUAUGGUUAAUAAAUUCCUUUUCGAGGGGACGAUGGCGAAUGGACUGAAUGAUACAAAUAUAUGUCUUAUCCCGAAAACAACGAGGCCCAAUGAAAUGUCCCAGUUUAGACCCAUCAGCUUAUGUAACGUCAGUUACAAGAUAAUCUCUAAGGUCUUAUGUCAGAGAUUAAAGAGAGUGCUACCAGGACUGAUAUCGGAGACUCAGUCAGCCUUUGUUGCUGGGAGACAGGUCUCAGAUAACAUUAUGAUUGCUCAGGAGAUGUUCCACGCUCUUAGAACUAAACCUAGUGGACGUAGUAAAAGGAUGGCUAUCAAGACAGACAUGAGUCUGUAA